AUGCCAAAACGAGAUGUAGGCGGCGCGGCGAAGCGCGCAUCUUCAUCUAGUCAUUCUACAAUGUCAUUCAAGUCUCCAGCAAGGCAAUUACUUUCUUCAGUUCCAUUGACCGAAAAAACAACUGACCCACAUAAUGGUCUAAUACCCGGCUUACCAGAAGAUAUAGCAGAGAUAUGCAUCGCGCUUGUCCCACAGAGACACUUCCCUGCCAUGGGUGCUGUGUCCAGGAGGUGGAGAUCUUUCAUCGGCAGCAGAGAGUUCAGCACUAUCAGGAAGGAGGUUAGAAAGAUUGAAGAGCUGGUUUAUGUUCUUGCUCGUAAAUCUGGGGCAAAUGGCUCUCGUUGGGAGGUCUUGGGGGAGCACAAGAACAGGGCAAUUCCUCCUAUGCCUGGACUGACUAAAGUAGAGUUUGGUGUGGUGGUUUUCUAUGGGAAGUUGUAUGUCAUGGCUGGCUACACCGCUGUCCAUGGGAAAGACUAUGUCUCUGAUGAGGUUUACCAGUAUGAUGCCCGGCUCAACAGGUAUAUUUUGGAUAUUUGAUCUUAAUUAAAGACAAGCAUCAUGUAUAGAUGUUAUUUUCUGUAUAAUUCUCUGCAUCAAGUACAUUGUUGCUAAUUAUGAAGAAUCGAAUGCUCUUUUGUAAUCCAUGGAUGCUAUAAGUUCUCCAAACAAGAAGGCAUUUGAAACGUAAAACUAAUUCAUCUUCACAUUGCAUAGGUGGAGCACACUUGCCAAGAUGAAUUUCGCACGUCGUGACUUCGCCUGCACCGAGGUCAAUGGUAUAAUCUAUGUUGCCGGUGGAUUUGGCUCUGGCGGUGACGAUUUGUCCAGCGUGGAGGCAUAUGAUCUCCAACAAAAUAGAUGGACACUAAUCGGCAACCUUCGCAGGCCGAGGUGGGGUUGUCUGGCCUACGGAUUGAACAAUAAGCUUUAUAUAAUGGGCGGCCGCUCAAGAUUUACAAUUGGCAACUCCCGUUUCAUUGAUGUCUAUGAUCUCAGCCACCCUUGCUGGGAGGAGAUCAAGAGAGGAUGCGUGAUGG